AGAGAUAGUGUUUCAACUUCAAACGGGCAAGAACAGAACUAACCCCACACUCUCAUCUUUCUCUAAUUUCUACUGUACUCUUAUAGAACCUUCUACUAUAAAUUUUGUGCCUCUAACCAAACACUCCCCACCAACAUUCUACUCUUCACCUUCUCUCUCUCUCUGUGUUUCACACCAAGAAAUGCUCACUAAAAUUCUUCUUCCUUCCUGCAUCUUACUUGUUCUUUUGUCCUCAUUACCAUCUUUCAAUGUUGUUGUGGCUGGAGAUGGAGAAAAUGGGAACCCAUUUACACCAAAAGGCUAUCUAAUUAGGUACUGGAAGAAACAAGUUUCAAACAGCUUACCAAAACCAUGGUUCCUUCUCAACAAGGCAUCUCCAUUAAAUGCUGCCCAAUAUGCAACUUACACAAAGCUUGUUGCAGAUCAAAAUGCACUCACCACACAACUUCAAUCCUUUUGAUCUUCAGCAAAUCUCAUGUGUGCACCAGAUUUGUUACCAAGUCUUGAAAAACACAGUGGAGAUGUUCACUUUACCUCUUAUAGUGACACCAACAAUCUUCGACCCUUUUUUAUUUUUUUUAAUGGAGGAUAAUUAUUUCUAUCUUAUUCUUCCUAAUCACCCUAAAAACCGGUCAACAUACAAAA